AUAACAGUAGACAACAUAAACUUCAGUAAAAAGUAAAAAAUCAAAAAACUUCGACUUUCUAAUAGUUUUUAUUGAAGUGUGUACAAUUUAUAAACCAAUAUUGAGGAAUUGUUUGGCACAAACUUCAUCAAUAAUGGCGGAGGUAUCUCCUAACAGUGCGAGUGACUGUCCACCAGCAAAAAUAAUGAAAAUAGAUACAGAAAAUACGUUAAAAAAUGCCAACAGUAUGCAUGAAACAGAAGUUUGUGCAUCUGAAUUUAAUGUAAAAAGAGUACUGCAAAAUAAUUGCACAAGAAAGCAAAUAUGUAUAGAGGGUUCUUUUAAAGGACGUGAAGGUUCAGCCGUUAUUGUAUUGGAAAAACAGAAUUUUUCUGAUGAUGAUCAAUUUUUAAAUGAAUUCUUUAAUAAGGACACAGUUUUACAGAAACUUUAUAGCAAUGAUGUUUAUGGGAAUUAUGAAUGCUUUCCAGUUAAGAAACAUAAUGGUAUAAAUGCAACAAUAAUACACCCUGCAACAGCAAAACAUAUCAAAAAGUUUCAAAAGGAAGAACUUCAUAUUAUAGAUGAAACGUACGAACUUUACCAAAAAAUUACCGUUCCAUACAUAGAAUCAAGCAGUUUUUCUACAGAGUGGAUAUACAAUAUUUUAGAACAUAAGGCAGAACAGGAUAACAUUGUAUAUGAGGAUAAGGAUGAAAACACUGGAUUUGUAAUGGUACAUGAUUUGAAAUGGGAUGGACAACCAAAUACAUUAAAAUUAAUAGCACUUCCAUUUCAAAAAAUUAAAUCAAUCAGAGAGUUAAAUGGAUCUCAUCUUUCAUUAUUACGAAACAUAAGAGAUGCUGGAAUUGCUGCAAUUGCUGAGAAAUUUAAUGUACCUACUUCUCAACUUAGAAUAUAUUUACAUUAUCAACCAUCAUAUUAUUAUCUACAUGUUCAUUUUGCAUAUCUUAUGUUUGAUGCACCAGGUAUAUAUGUGGAAAAAGCACAUCUUCUAUCUACAGUUAUAAGAAAUAUUGAGUUAAUGCCAGAUUAUUAUACGAAAGCUGUACUUUCAUAUGUAGUUAUAAAAGGAGAUCCUUUGUACACUAAAUUUUUGGCAGAAGGAAUUAUAAGUGAAGUAAAGUCUAAAGCUAUAGAAAUUUAA